AUGACACUUCGAUUCCAAAGCUACAAUAAUGAUAUUCAAGGAAUAAAUCAUGACCUCGAAGUCUUUAGUUCUGUUUUCGAGAAUCAUAAUACUUGUCCAAUUUUUGUUGAACAACAAAUCGAUUUAUCUGUUAAAUCAUGCAUCUUUUCAUCUUGUAAUAGUUCCAGAACGAUGAAUUUUGUCAAUACAAGAACUCCAUCAACUGUUGGUUUUGACGGCAAAAUUUUUAAAUUUGAAUUUAAUUCAAUUUUUAAUUGCUCUUCAACUAACAUUGGAAUUACCGUCUCUCGUUCUGAUAGCAUGCAAAUAUAUGAUCAUAUUUCUUGUGAUUCCUGUAAAAAUUCCAAUUCUGGAUUGAAUCCGAACUUCGGAUCAACUCAAAUGACAGAAAUUAAUGUAAGCAAUUACAACUCUCCUCUAGGAAAUGGAGCUAUUUUUGUCGGAAACAAUCCAAUUCUGUACAGAGUUUCAAACUCUAAUUUGAUAAACAACUCAUUAAUGAGUACUUAUUUCAUGGCUUCAAGAGAAAAUGCCAAAUUAAAUCUGACAAUAAAUGUCAAUUUCGUUCAAAAUAAAUGCAAAACUGCUUUGUUAAACAUGGUGCGAUAUGCCCAUUUAUACCAAAAUAUAUGCAUUUUUCAAAAUUCUUUUCCAACUCUACUGAUCAUUGAUGAUAGUAUUACUACAACAUCCCAUAUUUUAAGUUCUAAAACUGAUAACACUACACUUUCAAAUUCUUUAGAAGUUACCGACUUUACGACAAAUUUAAUUUCUGAUUUUACAAUUCUCUUUAGUCCCGUUCCUAUUUUUAUAUCAGCAUGCGCAAAUCAGAAUAGAUUGAUGUUCCUUCUAUUUAUUACCCCUAUGAUAAUCAUGUAA